AUGUCAUUUCGAUACCCCAAUUUGUUGGCGACCCCCAAAAAAUCGCAACAUGCAAACGACGCGUGCGACCUCGAUCGCAUCCAAAAUGUCAGAGCUUACGUACGGGAUCGAUGGGUGUGCGUGUGUGCGGCGAGGGUGCAGAGGAACGUGAGGGUGGCGGUGGCGGUGGACGGCAGCGACAACAGCAUGCACGCGCUGCGAGAGGCGGUGCGGCUCUUUGCGCGCACGGCUAAAGAGUUUACCAUCAUUCACGCGCACAAGCCGCUACUGAACUCCGCACGGAGCGCUACCAAGACUGGAGUGAUGCUGUCAUGGCAGGAGAAUCACGAACGCAUGGAGCACGAGAGGCACGCUAAGGCGCAGCAGUUGCUGCAGCGGUGCGCUGCCUUGGUGAAAGAGGAGGUUGUCAAGCGGGGGAUGGGUGAGGGCGUGGUGGUAAGGGGCGUGGAUCUUAAGGGCGACCCUCGAGAUGUGCUGUCGACCCAUGCGCAGAGCAUCAGUGCGGAUCUACUGGUGAUGGGAACCCGCGGCUUGAGCAUGCUAAAACGCUUGGCUCUUGGGAGUGUUAGCACCCACUGCAUGCACCAUGCUCCAUGUCCGGUGCUGGUUGUCCCGCUGAAAGCCGACUCAACACACGAGCCCUCAGCACCCAAAGCAGAUGUCACCCAGGCAGCAGCGUCCGAAAUCGAGACCCCUGCAUAA